CGUGAUCUUCGUGCCGUCUGGCGACACUGCAUUAAAAACAGACACGAUUCUGUAGAGGAAAUCACUGCAUUGGCUCAGAAAUACUUCUGAAAAAAUACUGUUUUUUUCACCUACUGUUGUUGUUUUUUGCAGAUUUUUGUUUACAUUGUUAUCUGCGCGCGCGAAAAGUUACACAUUCUUUAUGAUGUCACCUCGUUGCCAAUCACCUGCUAUGUAUUUCUAAAACCAGUGCUACAUUUAAAUAUAACAACAAAAUAUUCAGUGUGAUAGGCCUAUUGGAAAGUAGGCUACAUGUGAAGCUAGAUCAUUUUUAUAGAUUCGGAAGAUAUGGCGACUCACUCGGCCGAACAAUCGCACCUGAAAAAUUGUGACAGUGGGAACUUACCCUCAAGAGAAGUAAUCAUAGAACUAACGGUUCAUGAACCGUCUAAUAAUACGCUGUUAGCAGACACUGAAACUCCAAACAAUGUAGCUGGGGACGUCGAUUUUCGUGUGGAUAAAUACGCGCCACCUAUGUUCAGAUGUCGGAAGAGGCCUCGCUAUGAGCCGGACAUGGUCGUGAAAUUUAGCAAUUCCUUCUUCAAUCAAGAUUUCCCUACGAGGUUGUGGAAAAUAGUGGAUUCUGACUUGUUCAAGUCGGCCACAUGGGACAAGAACGGCAUUCACAUGUUGCUUGACGAGGAACUGUUCAUCACAGAGGUGUUGCAAAGAAAAAGCAUACGACCUACACUUUCAUGUCUCAACCUUACGGAAUUCGAACAACAACUAAGGCUUCACGGGUUUCAAAAACUCACCUCAGUUGCACCAAACUCAAAGUUGUCCAUGUAUUACCAUCACAGCUUCAGGCAGCACCAGGAGAAGCUUCUGAGGAACAUCAAGGUCCAGGUGUUUGAGGCAGAUGAGAAAGAGGUGGAUAAAGAAAAGCUUGAGGAGGAGGAUGAAGACGUGAUGAUCAUCGGGGUCAUCCCUGCUCCUCCUCGUCAUCCCGGCCCUCCCCCUCCAAACACGCCUUCCGUUCCUGGGAAAGGUGAGACUUGGGCUGUCCAGACUGAGGAAGUGGAUCUUUUACGGGCCAAUAAGGACCUGGUUGCCAAGAUCAGCUCAGUGGUCCACCUAAUGACACCCUCCGCUGCCAACGCCCCACCCGACACCACCCCAAUCCCAGCACCGACCCCGGCCACCUCCUCCAUCACGAGCUCACAUGUGACCUUUGUGGCCGGGGCAUCCUUGCCGUGCGCCAGGUCCAACAUCGCGGAGCAGAACGUCAGUAGGAGCAACAACACUACAGCCCACCACGGCUGGGUCAGAGUCAAACAUAACCAAUCCUGCCAGGUAUCAGAACCAGCCCUGGGACGUUCACUGACCACCUGUCCCCACUCCAGUGUAGCCCAUUCGGAGGUCUUCCCACCCUCCACCUACCAUCAGCUGGGUGUCAGCCAGGUCCAGUUCAAAGAGGCAGCAGACCAAGCACAUCAGGUCCCCAAGGUACUAUUCCCGGCCCAGCAGACCAAACAGGUCCAACAGUUUCAAACCAAUCAGGCCCAACUACCUCAAUCUCACCCAAUCCAACAGGCCCAACAGACCCAAGCCCAGCAUUUCCAACUGGCCCAAGCCCGUCAAGCCCAACAGUCCCAAGCCCAGGCCCUGUACCAACAGAUGGUCCAGGCUCAGAUAGCAUGGAUGCAUGGAGCGACCUACAACCCCUGGGUCCUGCAGGCUUUGCAGAUACAGACGGCAGCCUACAUGUUCCCCCAUACGCAGUGUCUACACCGACCACCAGGGGGCAUCUCCACCGACCACCACAUCCACCCAGUCUUUCACACCAGAGGAAGCAGUAGAGUUGCUGAGGCCACCAGGCUUAGGCCGGAGUCGAGACGCUACUCACCUGAUCUGACCUCCUUACCACCCAGCCAGAGUUACAGUCAGUGAAUGAAUCCAUCAUACAUCCAAAAAGGAGAAAGCCUGAGUAGGCCUGAGCCCAAGUACUAUUGGAAUAUUAUAGAGAACUUUAGAUCAUAAAAAAUAUUUUACAUUUGGUUCAAUUGAUGGUUAUUGUGUGGAUAAUUUGGGUUCAGGAGAAGGGGAAACAUUUUCAUCAGUACAUUACAGAAAUAAUAACAUAUUGCCACAGAGAUCAAAGUAUGUAAUUUGGAGACAAUAUAAACUUUUUUUUCAGAGAAAUAUUUCAUGUUUUUUCCCCAAAGUAUAUCCUGUAUUAAGGGGUAGUUGGUAAAACAGGAAAAAUACAGAACCAACCGGUUUUGAGAACAGAGUCUAACUCUUUUCAUGAAUACUCAAAAUGCUUCAUCCUGUGGACAACCAAAGGAACAUUCUAAUUACCCCAGCCCACCUGGAAACGUGCUUUCAUUUGGUUUACUUGUUAUAGUGUAACAUCUAUUCAUCAUCUUGCAGUGAUGGGCUGAAACACAGUAAGGCCGGAUUAAACAUGCUGUUCAGUGUUUUUUUAAGGAGUUAUGUCAUUGUCUAACACCAGAUAGUCUAUGUUACAGAUACAGAUCAUUGUCUUAACACCAGAUAGUCUGUGAUGUCUGUACUGGUCAGAGUUACUGCAGGGAACCCCCACUGAACCAGAGUCUAGUAGAAUUUAACUCUCUGGGCCAGAGAUAUUGAACCUGUGAUGUCCGGAAUGGCUUCUGUUGUGAAAUGGACAGUCUCUCUAUUUCAGUUCAUGAAUGAAAAGAAGCCCUGA